UCUUCAUCCGGGUCUCUGCCGUCCACAGGCAGUAAGGAGGCGGGAAAUGGCGUCCGGAGGUGCCGCGGAGAGCUGGGUGCACACUCCUCGAAUAUAACCCACCAGAGACGCUAAGAGACGGCGGCCGACUCCGCUGUGGUCCUCGCCGCCCCGGCAAGCACAGUCGCCCCGGCAAGAAAACAUCGCUUCUUUCGGCAAGUACGUCCGAGUCUUACAUGUGACGGUCAGUACAAUGAGGCUGAGAAUGCGUAAGGCUUCUCAGCAGCCAAGCCCUGUACAUACGCCCCGUCCAUCCCGGACCAAGCGGAGACAUUCGGAAGUGGACGUGUGCACACCAGCAGGUGGGGGGGUGGUGCAGAAGAGUGAUGCAGGGCUCCUUUCCACCAUAAAGAAAUUCAUUCGAGGAAACACUGUCAAGGUGGAGCUGGAGAACCCAGCCAAGAGGAGCUGCAUCGACCGCAGCCUGGAUGGCGGACUGAUCUCGUCCACGCCCCAGACGCCAGACCCCCUGAGCAGAGGCGCUCCCAGGGUACGCCGUAGAGGCCCUGUGAACGGAGAUGCCAUCAACCAUGGCACAGGAAAGCCAAUGAAGCCCAACGGCCGGCUGCAGGAGGCUGCAGAGGCUGUCAGCAGCCCCCCUCGAACCACUCUGCUGGGAACCAUCUUCUCCCCAGUCUUCAACUUCUUCUCUCCUGCCAAUAAAAAUGGAACCUCUGGCUCAGAUUCCCCCGGUCAAGCCGUGGAAGCCGAGGAGAUCGUCAAGCAGCUGGACAUGGAGCAGGGAGAGGAGACCCCCACCAGCACAGCUACGUCCAGGGAGGCCUCAGGCAUCUCCCUCUACCCCGCCAGCCAGCCCCUGCCCCUAGCCCUGCGACCCCCUCCUGAUGGCGCUGUUGAGGAAGGGGAGAUUGUAACUGGCUCCGACCUGCCGCCCCUUACUGCCCCUGGGUCCACCACAGACAGUGGCUACUCCGAAAUCCCCCCCCCAGUUCCAACUGAGGGGACAUACGAGGAGGACUGGGAGGUCUUUGACCCGUAUUUCUUCAUCAAACACGUUCCCCCCCUUACGGAGGAGCAGCUCACACGCAAGCCGGCACUCCCUUUGAAGACCCGCAGCACACCGGAAUUCUCCCUCGUCCUCGACCUGGAUGAAACAUUGGUGCACUGCAGCUUGAAUGAGCUGGAAGACUCGGCACUUACCUUUCCAGUGCUCUUUCAAGACGUCAUAUACCAGGUGUAUGUGCGGUUAAGGCCGUUCUUCAGAGAGUUUCUUGAACGUAUGUCUCAGAUCUAUGAGAUCAUUCUCUUCACUGCCUCGAAGAAGGUGUAUGCUGAUAAGCUUCUCAACAUCCUGGAUCCCAAGAAACAGUUAGUCAGGCACCGGUUAUUUCGUGAGCAUUGCGUCUGUGUGCAAGGGAAUUACAUAAAGGACCUGAACAUUCUUGGGAGGGACCUGUCAAAGACCAUAAUAAUCGACAAUUCACCUCAGGCCUUUGCUUAUCAGCUUUCCAACGGGAUCCCGAUAGAGAGCUGGUUCAUGGACAAGAAUGACAAUGAGCUCCUGAAACUGGUUCCGUUCUUGGAAAAGCUAGUUGAACUGAACGAAGACGUGCGUCCACACAUCCGCGAGCGCUUUCGUCUGCACGACCUCCUGCCCCCCGACUGACCCCAGGGCACUGGGCUGCCGUCAAGGACCAGCAUAGGAACAGCUAUGGAAACUAAUAUUUCAGCUCAAACUCAUGGCCAUGUCAGAACUCUCCGGGUUACAAGACUGCCAUCACAACUUUUAUUUUCCCUCUCAGAUCCCAACAUUUCUUUAAAAGGCAAAAACAUUUUUGAAAUAACCUCCCAAUUAUAGAAUUCUUUUAUACAGAUAAAUGUAUAAAUAUAUGUAUAAAUGUCCUGGGAGCUGUAGGCGAACCUAAGUGCGACCCUGCGGUUUGACUGGCUCUCCCCUCCCCGGAGCCCUUUCUUACUUCCCUCUGCAGCCACAGUGUCUCACACGAGUGUAAGGUUGGUGCCGGAGGCGUCUGCCCACGAUAAAUGGCCUGCCCUGCGCAGAAGGGGCCUGUUUUCCGUACGAUUGGUGCUUCGAGUGGAAUCACUGACACUUAUUGGCUGCAGAGUCAUUUCUCCACAAACGGCCAGUUAAAACACGUGUAUGUGUGUGUGUUUGCGUGUGUGUGUGUGUGUGGGUGUGUGUGUGUGUGUGUGUCUAUACACAUUUUUCCCUAUUCAGGUUUCUGAAGCUCCCUCCUGUUAACGUAGCUGACGAGUCAGCAUGCAUUCCUUUUUAGUUUUAAAUGCUUUGUUUUAUUACACUUUGGCAAUAGAUUUAGGGUUUCCCCUCCUCGUCGCAGUUGUCUUGCAUUUGUCUGCCUGCAAGAGGUUUUUUUAAUUGGGGAGGGGAGGCAAACCGAGAGUCUAAUCAAAAAUGGAAUUUAUGUAGUUUCUGUAUUAAGAUAUUGCGUUAUUGUCAAUGUAUUCUGUAAAACACAGUGUGGAAGAAAUCAUAAUUUUGUAGGAAAGGAAAAUAUCCCUUAUAGGUGAGAAUUACUGGCUUUCUAUACCACAGUGAUGGAUUUCAUUUGGCAAGUCUGAACUUGCUGGUCUGAUGUGUUCAAAGUUUCAGUCUGUGUCUGAGCAGUCCUGCCGGAUCCCCUGCAAAGCUCUCCCCCGCCAGGCAGAUGGCUCACUUGACACGCUGCGGGCCGCAUGGUGAUUUGCAGGGGAGCUAGUUUGGAUUGCAUGUGUGUGCGUGUGGAAGGUGGGGGUUGGG